GUCCAGACGUAGGGUCACAUCGAGCGCGGAAUCAAAAAGGUUUAGAGAGACGCUGAGGCCCAUUUUUAAAACAAAGCUCAAUUAUUCGCGCUUGGCGACUUGUUUACACCGCUCCAGCGUCAGCUCUCCCGGCUCUGCCGACAGAGAGUACCCAAAGGAGAUGCUUUGGGAUGGAGAAGAAACCAACGCAGGAGUCGUUAGACUCCUGGUGGGCCCCUGUUCUGGUUGCGUGAACUUGGGCAAAAACGAUCCGGGUCUCGGGGUCGCCUGCCACCACACGGGAUAAGCGCGCGGGGGCUCGGGGACUUGGCAUAUAGAGGGGCGGUGUGACCACAAGCCUCCAGAACUCCAUCUUCCCUCGGUUCCCCGCUCCGCCCCGCCCUGGAGGCGCCCCGGAUUGCACGCGCGGGCGCUGGCUCCAAAGUGCGUCACGGGCACCGGGCGCGCUCCUCCAGCGCGGCCAGGGUGAGGCUGGCACACGGCCAGAGCGGGCCGGGCCAAGGUUGGGGCCGAGGGGGGUGACGACAGGUCGUCUCCCAGGCUGCGACCCAGGCGUGGAAAGCGCUCUGGUAGCUCGGCCCUGGAGCGUUAUUUUGAGCGCUCUUAGUCGGCGGUGGCGGCGGGCAGCGCGCCAGGGCCUGGCCUCGCUUAGCGGCCCGGAGUGCGAAGGUGACGCUUUCCCCGCUGGCCGCCCGCGCUUCCUCCGGUGCGGCGGGCAAGCGGAGAGGAAAUCUCGGGGAAACUACGAGGAUCCUUCCCGGGGCUCCUCGGCCCCGCCCCAGGUCUCCGCCUCCUCUCCUUCGCUAGGUUAGCCCGGGCUGGGCCGCGCCGCCGUCGGGGAGAGGAGAUUCUGCCAGCUUCGGGGCCGGGAAGCGGCGGGAGACCACUGAGCCGCUUGCCACCCGCUCGCCCCGCCAUGUGACGCCGCCCCGAGCCCCGCGCCGCGCACCAUGCUCCAGCCGGGACACGCGCGCCCGCCGCCCGCGCCCCAGCCCGCUCAGCAUCCCGGCUUCCGCAGGCAGGUAGAGCCGCCGGGCCAGCUCCUACGCCUCUUCUACUGUACUGUCCUGGUCUGCUCCAGGGAGAUCGCCGCGCUCACCGACUUCUCCGGCUACCUAACUAAGCUGCUGCAGAACCACACAGCCUAUGCAUGUGACGGGGACCACUUGAACCUGCAGUGCCCUCGGCAUUCCACCAUCAGUGUCCAAUCGGCAUUUUACGGGCAAGAUUUCCAAAUGUGUGGGUCUCAGCAGAAGGAAGACCACUUAGCCUGUGUGGCACCCACCACCUUGCAGAAGGUGCUGGAUGAGUGCCAGAACCAGCGGGCCUGCCACCUUCUGGUCAAUAGCCGUGUCUUUGGACCUGACCUUUGUCCAGGAAGCAAUAAAUACCUGCUGGUCUCCUUUAAAUGCCAACCUAAUGAAUUAAAAAACAAAACAGUGUGUGAAGACCAGGAGCUGAAGCUUCACUGUCAUGAGUCCAAGUUUCUCAACAUCUACUCCGCGACCUAUGGCAGGAGGACCCAGGAGAGGGAUGUCUGCGCCUCACAGGCUGGGUGGCUCCCCCCGUUUGACUGCUUGUCUUACUCAGCUUUACACGUAUUAUCCAGAAGGUGCUACGGGAAGCAGAGAUGCAAAAUCCUUGUCAACAACCACCAUUUCGGAAGCCCCUGUCUGCCAGGAGUGAAAAAAUACCUCACUGUUACCUACGCUUGUGUUCCGAAGAACAUCCUCACAGCGAUUGAUCCCGCAAUUGCUAACCUCAAACCCUCUCCAAAGCAGAGAGAUGGGGUCAGCUUCAACCCGAGUGAGUCGAAGAUUCUGAGGAAGGAUGGGGUGAUUGUCAGCAACUCUCUGGCGGCGUUUGCUUACAUCCGGGCCCACCCCGAGAGAGCCGCCCUCCUGUUUGUGUCCAGCGUCUGCAUUGGCCUGGUGCUCACUUUGUGCGCCUUGGUCAUCAGGGUGUCCUGUGCCAAGGAUUUCCGGGAGCUGCAGCUGGGGAAGGAGCCCCUGGUACCAGGCAGUGACCAGGUGGGGGAUGACAGCGAGCAGGGCCAGGAGGAGGAGCACUCUUCCGACACGGAUUUUCCAGGGGAGCUGUCAGCCUUCCGGAGGACUUCCUAUCCCGUCUACAGCUCCCUGGAGGCGGCGGAACUGGCCGAGAGGAUCGAGCGGCGGGAGCAGAUCAUCCAGGAGAUAUGGAUGAACAGCGGUCUGGACACCUCGCUGCCCAGACACGUGGGCCAGUUCUACUGAGAGCCAGCCACGUCAGUGCAAGGCCGUCACACUCUCUCGGGAAGGGAGAUCUGCCCUGGCCCUGUGUUUGUGCCCUGUGCCUUCUGUGAAGGAGAAGCUAGCCUGGCGUCUGGGACCUGUCAAAUUGUUUACAGCAUAUGCCCAAAUAAACUGGGACAAAGGGAGACACCUUUGCCUCCUGUC